UCCACAUUCAGCGGCUCCCUGUGCUGACUCACGCGGGAUGGAACCUGUCCGUCGGCGGCGGCAGCUCCGCGGAUCCCCGGGCUGCCGGUGAGUCUGUCCGCUCCACCGGUGACGAUGUCGGUCUCCGGGAUGAAGAAGCAGCUCCACAAAGCCAGCCAGCUGCUGAAUGAGAGGCUGAUGGGAGCUGAAGGAACCAAGAUGGAUGAAGACUUCCUAAAAAUGGAAAAGAGUGUUGCAAUUAUCCAAACUCUGCUGAUUGAACUGCUGUCUCAAACCAUAGAGUUCCUCCAGCCAAACCCAGCAUACAGAGCUAAACUGAGCAUGCUCAAAACUGUGUCCAGGAUUCGAGGACAGGACACGUCAGUGGGCUACCCACAGACAGAGGGCAUGCUGGGAGAUUGUAUGUUGCGUUACGGCCAGGAAUUGGGGGCUGCAUCAGAAUUUGGUGGUGCUUUGACAGGUGUAGGGGAGGCUCUGCAGCAGGUUGGUAAGGCCAGGGAUGCUCUGGAUGUCAGCGUCAAAUGCACCUUCAUCGACCCCCUGCAGGAUCUGCAUAACACUGAGCUGAAGGACAUUAAGUACCAGCUGAAGAAGCUGAAUGGUCGUCGCCUUGACUUUGACUACAAAAGGAGACGGAAGGGGAAGGUCCCAGUGGAGGAAGUACGACAGGCCUGGGAUAAGUUCAUUACCUCGAAGGAUCUGGCAGAGAGGAGCAUGUUCAUCCUGCUGGAAAACGAUGUCGAUCAGCUGCGCCACCUGGCUGCUCUGGUUGGAGCCCUGAUGGAGUUCCAUCGUCAUGCCCAUCGAAUCCUGCUGGGUCUCCAGGGCAAUCUGCAAGCCAGACUUACCGCUGCCAGUAACAGACCAGAGCGGCGUUACCGGCCUAAAAAGAUCAGAGUCAGAUCUGAACACAGCAACAGCAUCGGAUUUUACCACCAGCCAUCUGUCAUUUCCACAAUUUCCUCAGGAGAGCAGUUCACAGUGUUACCAUCCAGACCCGGCAGUCCCAUCUCCUACUACGCUGACAGUAAACCGGUCCUGGAUCAGCCCUGUUGCCGGGCAAUUUACUCCUUCCAUCCAAACCACGAUGGUGAGCUGGGCUUCAGCGAGGGUGACGUAAUAAUCCUCACCAGCCAAGUCGACAACAACUGGUACGAAGGUUCGCUCGGCAACCAAUCAGGAGUGUUCCCCAUCAGUUAUGUGGACGUCCUGGUGCCUCUGCCAUUACCAUGACGACAUAUCAAACAUACAGGAGUGUGACUGACAAAUAAUAUGCAACCUCUCUGCUUCUUAUUUGCACUUUUCACAAGAAAUCAGCAGGUGACCUGUUAAAGGAAAGGAAGGCCAUAAUUAAAACCACUCUGGUGCACUUUAGUUUCUGAUCUCGGAGCAUCUUAUACGCCACAAAAGAGAGGCAAAAGAGAGGCUCAGUCAGUAAAUACAACAUCUUAGACUUCUGUGACUUUACCCUUUAAGACUCUUAAUGUCAUUUUCUUCACUACACUGCAAUUGCCUUUCAAAUUAUUGCACAUUUCAUUAAGAGGUAAACGCAUAAGAUAAGAUAAGCAGCCACAUCGGUCUGAUCCUGUCGGCAGAUUUGAGAUCAACAGAUUAUAGACUUCCUUGAGUAGUACAAUGUCUGUGGACUUAGUUUUAAGUGGUAAGUAUAAAUCAAAAGUGAAGCUUAAUUUAGAUCAUAACAGUGUCUUAGGUGAAUUGUGCUUUACGUACAUGGUUUUGAUGAUUCACAUUGUGCAUGUUCUUAAAGUAGGCACUUUAUGUAAAGCUUUAUGAGUCUCAGGUAGGAAAUAAAAUAAACAGUAAAAUAUGUCGGGGUUGUAUUGUACCUUUGACCUUAAAAAGCACUGGAGGACUUGCACGCUGUAGGUUUAUGUCAUUUAGUGAAGUGAUUAUUGAAGAUAUAAGACUUUAAAACACACAAACUAUAAGUUUCCUUUCAAUACCUUUCAAAGUAAUUCAAUUUAGCUGCUUGUGUGCUUAUGUAACAUGUAUUCAGUACAAUAGAAUAAAUACUUGACAAAAGCACUGCAUUGACAUAUAGGGAGGUACACAUGAUCAUUUAGAUUUAAUUAAAAAAUACAAUAUCCAAGUGAUUUAAUUUAGGGUUUAGCAUUGCAGGGAGGAAAUGGACUGAACAUCUGUAUUUCUAAAAUCCUUGCUGCUGCAUAGUGUAUGAAUCAGCUUUAAAGAUAAGCUAGAGCCUUUUGUAAUACUCUCAUUGACUCAGAAAAUAGGAAAAAAAAAGGAGGCUUUAUCCAAUUAAAUAACAAAAACCAUCAGACAUGACAAAUUUAGAGCCUUCAAACUGACUUUGGUAAUAAUUUUGAGGAAAAAUCUGCAGAAAGAGCACAUUUAAAGUUUAUUCAUAAUCAGGUAAAUGCACUUUCCACUGAAAGAGCUGAUGAGAUUUGUAUUUGAUUAAUUUGAUAACACAGGUUUAUAUAUUUGAAUGAUUAUAUUUACAUAAAAUAAUAUACAGUAUACACCCAAUAUUUACAAUGUACACAGCAACUUUGCUCAGGAUAAAGCUCCCUGAAAAACCCUUUGAAGGAGGAAAUCAGAACAGAGGCCAUUCCUCCAAGGAUGUUUGUAGUGUUUACAGUCUAGACUAAUAUAGUAAAGCACAGGUAGGAUGACUGAAUAGCCACCAUUAAAAAUGCGGUAAUGAUGGAUAAUGUUCACAUUAAAAUCAUAUCUAAUGCACACAGAUAUGGUCAGUUUAUGUAAAGUGCACAGGUCAGAUCACUUCACAGACACAGCAGACAGUAAAGAGUUGAACUAAGUAAUGCUCCACCUUGUGCUCACAUUUUUCUGCUUCAUAAUGCUUAUUAAAUAGCACAGACUGUUUAUAAAGUGCAUAUAUCUAGUCUAAGAUGGAUGUCAAGUCUCAAAAUAUUGGAAUGUCCCUUUAAUAGAAACUAAUAACUGAAAUAAAUACAGAUUGUAAUUGUGAAAAAACAGACUAUGAUCUGGCUUUACUUGAUGUAAUAAAUCAAUGUCCAUGAAUGUAAGAUUUAUUGUAGAUGCUGGUGUUUGAUUUAUUUAUUUAUUUAUUUAUUUCUACAGCUUCUUAUUUUAACAACAGGACGGCAAAUAAGAGUGAGACGCAGUUCCACAAUCUUGUAUUUUAUUUCAAAGUUGUUGAAGAUAGAUGUUUUUAAUACUAGAGAUGAAUGUUGAAUUUUCUGUAUCUGAAAAUAGUUUCAGUAUUUACUUCUGCAGUUGUUUCUCAACAGGGAAUCAUGUGAUUUUUCACAAAACUUGGAUAUUCCAUCUCUUCAGGAAUGUCUUUAAGUUUGUUAUUCCUUUCACACAAAAUGAUGUUUGUACAGAGACCAGGACUCAGUAUGUAUUUUUUGCAAUAAUUUCUUUGAGCAAUAAAUGUUUUGAUCAUGUCUGA